AUAUACAAGACAAGGACAAUUUUAUUUAAAGAAUCAGUUGAAAAUUUCAAUUUAAAUGAGAUCAGACCAUGCGAGUUGGCCUCUUCACAUCAGUGUGCAGAUGCAGCUCUCAAGAAGGAAUUGUCCAAGACAAAGACUAUCAUCCAUUGGAUUGACAGUGAACAGCAUCACAUGAGCAUUUCAGAGCUGACAAUAUCAGUCAGGUGACUUCACAUCAACAUGAAAUUGCAGCUGUCCCGAAGGAAUUGUCCAAGACAAGAUCUUUGUUGUGGUAGAUCAGUUGACUGAAUCAGAUUAGCAUUUGAGAGCCAACCAGGACAGGUGAUUCCUUUCACAUCGACAAGUAGAUACCACUGUCAAGUAAGAACUGUCCUAUAAAAAGGUUUACUGUGAAGUUUGAGUUCACAACCUCAAAGAGAUGUUAGAGAGCUGAUGAGCAGGACAUACAGGCCCAUCUACAUCAAAAAGGAGAUGCACCUUUCAAGUAGGAAUUGCUGAGGACAAAGAUUUUCAUCUAGUUUGUCAGUUGACAUUUGAUUAGUGUGAAAACUUAACAGAAGAGUCGGGUUCCUUCCCAUCAAUGUGCAGAUGCAGUUUUCUAGAAGGAGACUGUUGGCAACCUCAUGUACAGCUACCCAUUCAUGAGUUACAUUUAUUAGUAGACGAUGGCAUAUAUCUUCAUACCUUAUUAUUCAUCAUGGUAUGUACAUAACAGUCUCACUGAGAUAUAUUUCCAUCAGCGUAUGUAUUUUGCAACUGAAAUAAAAGAUGGAAUCUAAAGUAUGUUUUCUCUGUAUUGAUGGUAACUUAAGUAAUUUCGAGUUUUAACCCCUUUUGUGCUGCUAGGUUUACAAUCAAAUUUCAGAAAUGAACUUUCACUGGGCGCCUCAAAACUUUUGUUCUUUGUUUAAUGUGGCUUAACUGGAUCAUGUUUUCUAUGUGAACAUACCUGUUUAUGUUUCAGGCAGAAAGAAAUGGCUGAUUGGGUCGAAACGUAUAGGAAAACAUAAUUAUUCUUGGAAUGGGUUUGCUGUGCACAGCAAACAUGGGGAUAAAUGUGAUGGAAGUGAUAGGAAUUGCCAAAUCUAUUAGAAACAGGUUUUCUCAUGAAAGGACAUGCUUGUGUUUAUAAUGGCUUCAAAUACAUUUGUAUGAAAGUUGUAAAUUAUUCUUUUUGUGAAGAAUAAGUAGUUGUGACUUUUAUAGUUUUACAAUGUGAUGUAAAUAUAUGUGCAGACCAGUCAAUAUUCAACAUAAAGUGACGUAAAAUUCAUUUGCCAUUUGGUACAAGAUCCAAUGUUGACUAAAGGGAAAUGUUAAUGACAUGGCACUGAUUAUUUUUGCUGAAAAUUAUAGAGACUGGAAAAUAUAUACGGUAUUAAACCAGUUUGAUUGUUGUUUUAUCCAAACAAAUCUGCAAGAUUUUUUACUUUUCUUAAGAACUGUGCAGGGAUAUGAUUACCAGUAGUUCACUUCUCUGACUGAGCAGAGGUGCCAAUGCAACAUUUACUAAAACAUUAAUUGCAUAUGCCCCUAGACAUGAAACAUUUUGAAAUAUAACAAUUACCAUUUGACAUACCAAGCAUAUGCAAAGAUGAAUCAAUUUGUGUAGGAGUCUAUAAUUUGAUGACCCGGCUUUCCUUUCAAGCAUUAUUGCGAUUUGAUCCCUCCUGCAUUUGCAUAUCCUUAUAUUUGAGUAGAUUUUCAGUUUUGGCAAUACAUACGUAAGCCAAUUGACAUGACCUACCCGCUUCUCGUAGAUUGUAUCUGGUGUUUCUGGAUUUGUUUGUUAUUUUGUCAUUCAGUUCAUUUGAUCUCCAUUGAACUAGUCAUGACAUGUGACACGUUUUAGCAUUUACCAUCAAUGAUAUAGAUCAGACAUUGUUCCUAACAUUCAGUUCCAAUUUUAUCAAGAUAUACAACUGCUGUACCGGACUGCCAGUAAUUCACAAAGCUGUGUUAAAGAACCUUCUGUUGGGAAAUGCAUGUACUUGUUGCCUUUAUAUCUUUAUAAGCAUUUAUGAUAGCUGACUUCAUCUGUUUGCAUGUUGUUACUGAAAUGGGCUGUUAAGUGAGACAAUUUGUUAUUGUGGAAUUUGUUACCAGGACAUAUUAUAAGAGCGAUGUAAAUAUGGCUGUUCGAUAUCAGUUUCAUGCUGUGUAUUCUUUAAUAAAGUCCAUUAAUCCACAUUGCUCUGUCUGUCCUCAUACACUAUUUGUAAAGUCAGCCAGUGCAGACAUGAGGUACCAUAAAUAAAGAUUUCUUUAUUAAACAAAAUAAGUUAAGAUGAUGAAGAAGCUCUUUCCUGCAAAUACAAAUGUUUUUCAGCUAUGAUUCUGAUUUUUAGGGACGAGUAUAUUAACACAUACAAACAUCCUCUCACACGCACACACACACAUUCAUACAUAUUAAACAGAAAGAGAGAGAACGUGGGAGAGGAUUUUCUAAAAAAAGGGCAUAUCUUUCCUUAUAUCUAGGCAGUGAAGGGACAAAAGAACCUCGCAAAACAGAAUUGUUUUUCAAAUCUAACAACACAUGAACAGCUAACAGCUUUUGCAGGAGAACUUGUCACCCCGUUUAAUUGACUCACCUUUACUGCAAAAUCAACUUGAAAGAGCAAAUUUAUGCCCAUCCCUCUUAAAAAAUUCCUAGAUCCGGAAAAAACAAUUUUUAGUGGAAUAAACCGGUACUUAAUUUCAUUCCCACUUAAAAUUAAAACAUUUUAUGACCACCAACACCCCUAAUUAUUUUGCAAGAGAACAUUGAUCCAUACAACAUUAUCAAGGCAGAUUCAGGAUUCACACAAUCAUGAAUUUAGGGGCAUUUCUGCCAGAAAUUUUUCGCAAAUUUUCUACAUCAGAAGCGCAAUUCAAUUGAUUUAUUUUACAUUGUCAACAACUUAAAUGGUAGUCCCUAUAUAUCGCGCACUGCAAAAUGCUCAAGGGGUUACAAUUUUACAGUAGGCGCCUAUACUUGUACACUUUUUUUUUAUAUCCCCAUUUAGGGUGUAUGGGGGAAAAACUCACACAAAGUCCUCAUUUAGGGUGAAUUUUCAUUGGCUUCAUAAGAAAUCCUCGUUUAGGGGGCGUCUGGAAAAACCCUAUGGGAAAACCUCUGGUACAUUUUCUACGUGAAUGAGCGAGACCCCCCGGGGAAUUUCCCUUCAAAACUUCCGGGUUGUGACGUAUCGCAUGGUCCGAGAACUAAUGUGUAUAGCGCGCGGCGAUAUACGCCUAGAAAACUAGAAGCGCGUGUUAUAUGCAAUACACGUCAAACAUGCCGGGCAAACAUGGUGUACUGCCAAGUGUCUGGUUGUAAUAAUUGUUCCUCGAAAACCAAGGGUAAAUCGUUUCACCGGUUUCCAAACCCACACAAUCGCACUGAAAUAUUCAAGCUAUGGAUAGCAGCGAUGAAGAUGAAGAAAUUUCUGGACAAAAAGUACGACAGGAAGAACGAUGUGAUCUGCAGUGAUCAUUUUACCGAGUCAGAUUAUCGAGUUGACAUGAGAGCGAAAUUGAUGGGAGGAAGAGCUCAAUGGCUACUGAAAGAGGAUGCAGUUCCGUCGAUUUUUGCCAAAAGACCGAUUCCGAAAUCCCGUCAGUCAACAGAAAUGACUAAGGUUGAGGCAAAAGAGGCACCUGUACCAAUGACGCGGAUUGUCAGAACGCAGAGAUUUGUAAAUCGGGUACGUGCACCUGUCCAGCUGGUUCAACCUGUGACGGAGACGAAAAAGAUGAGUGAUGACGGAAAAGGAACAGAGAGCUCCCAGAACAAUUCAUCUAAAGAGGAAGAUUCAUCUCGGGAUAGUGGCUCACAGGAAGAUGACCAGCCACGACCGAAAAAGCGAUCUUUGAAGAGAUGUGAAGAAUGUGUAGCGUGCCAAAGGCAAAAUGAUUGUGGGAGGUGUGACUAUUGCUUGGACAAGCCACGUUUUGGAGGACAAAGUAUACACCGUCAGAAAUGCCGCUAUAAACAGUGUUUGCGAAAUGGUUUGACGUCAUAUGCAGUACCGAAAGAAUCUGUGUUGGACAAACCAGUUCCUGUCACUGUCAGUAGUUCAACUUCUUCUAGUUUCCAGACGCUUCCUUCAACUUCAACAAAAGUUAUUCAACAACGAUCUUCGAGGAAAUGUGAACAAGACAAAUGUGAAGCGUGCCGAAGGAAAACUGAUUGUAGGAAGUGUGAUUUUUGCUUGGACAAGCCACAAUAUGGUGGACCUAAUAAAAAACGUCAGAAAUGCCGCAAAAGACAGUGUUUGCGAAUGAGAGAUGGUGACCGAUUGUAUUUGAAUGAAAAUUGGCAGAAGAAAAUGAAGGAAAGGGAAUCCAAGAGACGUACAUUCAACAAAUUGAGGCAGAGUGUGACUGAACAUGACUAUGCCUUGACCCCGGUUUGUCCUUCAUCAAAGGAACUGGAGACAGAAGAAGAAAUAGGACAGGGAAUCAAGAAACUGAUGGAGGUACUCCACGAAGAAGAUAAAGAGAAACAGACAGAAAAUGAGGAUAUGGAGCAUUCAGAGAGUACUUCUGCGAGAAACGAAUUCAUCAUGGAUGCAGAAUCGUGGACAGUAAUGUCUGCAUCUUCAGGCUCAGAGGAUGAUUAUCAUUAUAAUGGCAAUGUUGAUGAUGGUGAUAGAUCCUCAUUGUACCUCUCCUCCUCAUCUUCUUCCUCCUCCUCCUCCUCCUCUUCAUCAUCAUCAUCUUCACCACCUAUAUCCCCUGUGCAAUCACCACGACGAGAGACUCGGUCGCCUUCACCAUCCGGCUAUGCCGUUUUGCCAGAAAGACGUGCCAAGGUUACUACUCUGGUUAAUAUGAUGGAUAAGAUGAGCAAGGGCAAGGAAGAGAGCGAGUCUGAAGAGAGCGAGUCAUCUGAAGAUGAUGGAAAUACCCCUUUUGUCUUUUGUCUGUGCAAGAGUACUGACUAUUCUCAGUUUAUCAUAUCAUGUGACUAUUGUGCCAAAAUGUAUCAUGGGAAAUGUGUAGGUGUGGAGCCACUUGCAGCCAAGUUCAUUCUAAAGUAUGCCUGCCCACCCUGCAGAGAAAAAAACCCAACUCUUACGGUUUUCUAUAAAGAGAAACUUACAAAUCCAGGCACUGAAUCUAUGUUGGGAAACAUAAGCAAGGAAUCUGAAGAGGCAGAAGAGGGACCAAACAUCGAGAAACAUCAAAAGGAAAGGAAGCCAAGAAGGAGGAGGCGAAUGAUCAUAACCUGUAAAAGAUGCGCUGCAUGCAGAAGAAAAGAGGAUUGUGGACGGUGCAUGAAAUGCAAGGACAAGAUAAAGUUUGGAGGACUUGGUAGACAGAAACAAAAAUGUAGCCGAAGAGUGUGUGCGGAUAGCAUAAAGGUACCAUUGCAGAAUACAGGUCCAUCAAUAGGAAAGAGAAUCAAGAAACAAAUGAAGGGACUCCAGAAAGACAAAAGGAAGAAACAGAAGCAGACAGAAAAUGAGAAGAGGAAAUACAUAGCUCCCUGCCAAACCAUAUUAUAUGAUACAUCCAAGAUCCCAAAUCCAAAAUUGAGGAAAUAUGUAUCUCACGAGCUCCAGUUUCACCAUGACUACGCAUUGCAGCCAACAAAGACAACAUCUUGGGAAAAACCAGAAGGGGAGGACACAGAUGUUGAAGAGGAGGCGGAGUCAGCAAUGAAAACAAAUCAGCCAAAGCUUUUCCAUGAAAACCCAUUUCAACCAACAAGGACAACAUCUUGGGGAAAAACAGAAGGGAAGGACAAAGAUUGUGAAGAAAAGGCAGAGUCAGCAAUGAAAAAAAAUCGGCCAAAGAAACUGAACGACAAAUUGGUCUUCAACAAAAUGACAAUGAGCUUGAAAGCAAAGGAGAAGAAAAAGAGGCAAAGUAAACCGCGUAAAACAAAAUGUGGUUGGUGUAAACCAUGCAGAAAACUGUAUGACUGUGAAGAAUGUAUAUAUUGCAUAGAUAUGAAAAAAUAUGGAGGGCCUUCCAAAUUGCGUCAAAAGUGUCGUUUUCGGCAGUGUAAACAACAAGUAUCUCCCACUAAAUUCAAAAUGAAACCCAAGCAUCAAAGUACUUCGAAAAUCGAUAAGAGAAUCGCUUGGAUCUGUGGUGAAUGUGUUGCUUGCAGAACAGUCACCAAUUGUGGUUGCUGUAAAAAUUGCCUGGAUAAAGUUGAAAAUGGAGGUCCUAGCAUAUUGAGACAGAAAUGUAUCUUCAAACAGUGUUUGCUUCAAAAAUUUCAUUCUCCUAAUGAAUGUGGGUCAUGUGUGGCCUGUAAGAGAACUUUAGACUGUUACAAGUGUAAACCAUGCGCGGAGAAUCGAAAGGUUCGAAGAAGAAAACAAAAGAAGGUCAAGUGUCAACUGAGGAGAUGCAGGAAUCGAGUACAUCCUACUUAUGAAUGUGGGUCAUGUGCUUCCUGUAGGAGAACUUCAAAUUGUCACAGGUGUAAAGUCUGCAAGGACAAUCAAAAGUUUCUAAAAAGAUUGAAGGUCAAGUGUCAAAUGAGGAGAUGCUUGAAUAUAGAAACCCCAUCCCCAGCGAUAGUGCACAUUGAUUUGUCAGACUCAGAUAGUAGAGAUACAACCAGCAAGGACUGUGAGGAUGAAGCAACACUCAAAUCAUCAACAAGCCGCAUUUUUGAUGAGUUCCCUGAGCAGAUAAAGAAGUGGAAACAGGACUCUAACUUUGCGCAGGAGAAAGGUAUCGAUUGGGAGAAGCUAGAAAGUAGCCUCGAGGAGAUCAAAUUGAACCUUGCCGACAUAGACUCCGAGAUGAUGAAACUGAAAGAAGUUAUUGCCAAGCCCAAGACACCAGCCAGUAUUGAUGCAAACAGACGGAUGAAAAAGCAGACAUCUAAAAGCUGUAUCAGAGGGCCUCAGAUCGUGAGAGAGUCCAAAUUGUGUGAGCAUCUGGCUGCCCAGCAAAGCACAUCUGUGAUGAAACUGCGGAUGAUGUACCAUGGAAGUAGUCAAGAACCAAAGGUCACAAUGAGAGAAGUUUGUGGUUGCCCACUAGUGCCUGACAUCCUAACGGACACGAACAAGUACUGCCCUCUAUAUAAAAUGAAUUGUGAGACACAUUAUAACUGGGAGAAACUGAGACAAGCAGAACUUGAUCUGGAGAGAGUAAUAUGGUUGUUCAAACUGGAUGAAUUGCUGGAUGUGGGGAAGGGCACUCAAUAAGUCAUGACAACUAGCGAUGCUUCUGCAACAGCCACAAGCUAAUGUGCAGGCACCCCCGACACAAGCUGAUGUGCAGACACCCCCGACACAAGCUGAUGUGUAGCUGGAGGGACAUGCAGGCAUGAUAACCUUCAAGCUACAUAGAUUGUUAAACUUCCACCUAAAAUCUGCAAGAACAGAUCCCUUAAGAAUGAUCUUCAAGACCACAGCAAUGAUAUGAAAAUGAAAUGUGCAGUGGCAAGUUCAGAUGAACAUGGAAUCCGGGAGCAGAAUUCUUUUUCUUGACCAUCUGAAGUCAGCGAGACAUGCAGUGAACUUCCGAAAAUAUUUAUCAAUCAAGUCAUCACACUCGCUAAUGAAUGAUUGCUGUACUCUGUGUGGGACCAGUCGUUAUUGUGUAAGGACGUACACUGUAGGUUCAAGCUUCUGCAUUGGACACUUGCCACUCCAUAUCUAGAAGAGAAAUAGGGAUGUGGUAGCUAGGAUGCCGAAAGCUUUAUGGAUGAAAUAGCCACAUGACUCAUGGUGGCUAUAUACCUCCAAUACUUCCCUUGAGCAUAGACAUUACACACUACGUUUGUGUGCAUGAAUCUGAUGACUGGAUAAUAUUAUACAAAUAAUACACAGCAAAGAUGAUGUUUUAUUUGUUUUAUAAAAUGAUGUUUUAUAACAUGAUUUUACUAAUGACCGGUCAUUAGUAAAAUUAUGUGUUUGGUUGAAAGAGUUGAUUAGGAUCCGCUUUAUCAUCUUAUAAUAAGUGUUAAGCAUGUACAGACAUUUGUAUGAAGUGCCAUAUGAAUCAAGAUCAUUAUGCACUGGUAAAUCUCCACACCAUUAUAUUUUGUUGAUGUGUUGAUAGGUACAACAAAAUACAAAACAUUGUCUGAUUAAAAACCUGCAACAGUAUAUACCUUGGCAGAUAACCACCGCAUUUGUGAACAAGCCUUUUAGUUUAGUGACUCACUGGCCUCUUUAAUACUGAUGGAGGUACCACACUCGUAUUACAUGGCAUUGACCAUUUAAAACAUCUAGGUCUCUUGUGAACUUGCGUCAUGAUUUUUUGAUUAAUCACAAGGUAAAGUAAAUAUGUUGUAUGGUACGCAUUCAAAAAUAUUGCCCUUUUUGAAGAAAAUUCACCGUUACUCAGCUCAAGUGUGUUAUUAGCAUGAAUAGAAAUUUGCAGUAGCACUUUACAUGCAGCAUGUAUAACCAUUGAAAUAUGUUAAACAUGUUUAAAAUCAUGUAUUGCCAAAUGAGAUGCACAACAUCUACACAUUAUUUUUUUCAAAGAUCUUCCUCUAUUAAGAUCUCAGAUUUUGUCAAGAUGUUGUGACGAUGCAAAAGUUUGUCACAAACAUUACAUUUAUGUGAGGUUACAGUAAAUCCAGUGUUUGUUUGUUUGUUUACUCUUUCUGAAAGCACCAUCUGAAGUACAAUGUUGGCUAGAAUAACACGAGAGCUCUCAUGUGCUGCCAAGAGGAGGACUCUUGUUAGUCUCGUGUUAGUCUCGUGUUAUUCUAGCUAGCAUUGCUCUAGCCUGUUUUCAUAGAACAGAUGGUAUUAUGUGUACCUUCCGGUAGCCAAUCACAGCCUGUUACCGGUACUUGUUCAUGCCCUUUGUUUAUUGAGCUUCCACUUAUAUUGUCUGAUUCAGCAUUCUGUUCAUCCUUGCCAUUUACUAUGAUGAGUGCAAGACGAAAUGCUUUAGUAUGUCUGUUCUCGUUGCUGUUCUUUUAUAAUAUUGCAUUUUAAUCCAUUUUCUUGGACUGUCCACAGAAUGAAAGGACAUGAAAUUUGGGUCGAUAUUUGAAAGGCUGUCUGAUGAGUUUAACAUUCAUAAAGUUUAAAGAAAUAAGUAAUUUUUAUUAAUAAUUGCCCGGCGAAAAUAUACUUUUAUUCUUAAUCAUACUCAUGUAUUUUUUUGGAAAAACAAUUUUUAUUUAUUUAAAGGAUGAUGUUCGCCAGUUUCCAUGUGCAGUAGGUCAUAAUUCCCGACACCAGACUGGGUUGAAAUACCAUUAAUGGGUGUACAAGUCUCACACAGCAAACCUGUGGUCACAUCAAAAAAUAUACCUUCAUUCCUUCAGAGAGUCUUUGGUUGAGGGCAGUGUAAGAUAGUGACUUUCCAUAGGGGUGGUUAAUGGAAAAUGCAGAGCAUUACAUAAAGCCUGUUGGUCGUAAAACUGAAUGCUAAUCCUGGUGGUUGACAACACCCGUUAGCGGGUGAACAUCUAAAUGAUGUCAAAUUCCCCAUUACAGCCCACUACUAUGUUUUGAGCAGCAUGUCACACUUAUUGUGAUAUUAUAAGUUAGGUCUAAAAGUGUCUAUUUGUUUCUUCCUUAAAUAAAUAUGGGUACGUAAGAUGUUCAAAGACAAAUUUAUCAAAAAAUCAAAGAAUGAAAACCCUAAUUGUCACUCUUCUUGAAAAAAAAGGGGUUGAACUUGGUAGAAGUAUACAUACGUAUAUACAAUCAUGCAUGGUGCUACAUGAAUCUUCAUGUAGUUUAAAUGAUAGAGUUCAAAGAUCAUUAGUGGCAAACCUUGUAUUGCUCUAGUUCCUUUGAGGAUUAUUAGAUUCUGCUGAAAAGUAUUAUAACAAUCAGACUUGCCUGUCUUGUGGAAAAAACAAGUUAUAUGUCUCAUGUUUUUUUGUAUAUCAUUGAUGUCUAUUUGACAACAGUUAAUCAAUGCAUGUCUGUAAUUUGAAUAAAAAACUUUCUUGGAAUGUAAAAAUCAUUGAUCAAUAAAAUUUGAAAGAAAUAUAUUCUUAUUUUGAAA